CCUCAGCCUCCGCCACACGCUGAGCUAGCGGCGGACCUGCCGCUCACCGCGGCCCGGGUGAAGCUCUCUUUCCGCGCCCUCGGUCCCUGGCACUUGGGACUCGAGUUCUUAACGCGAUCGGCUUCCCCUCGGGGGAUCUGCAGCACCAGCUCCAUGGAGCCUGCUCCCGGCAGCGAGCGCCGCAGCCCUCCUGGCCCCGGAGUCCCGCGGCCGCCACCGCGGGGCCACGCGUCCUCGACCGCCGCCCCCGCCCCUAACCCGGCCCCGCUGAGCUCUUCUAUGCAGUCGGACGAGGAACGGCAGCCGCGGAUCAGCGAGAGCGGCCAGUUCAGCGACGGGCUGGAGGACCGAGGUUUACUAGAAAGCAGCACCCGGCUGAAACCUCACGAAGCCCAGAACUACAGGAAGAAGGCAUUGUGGGUAUCCUGGUUCUCCAUCAUUGUCACCCUGGCCCUGGCCGUGGCCGCCUUCACCGUCUCCGUCAUGAGGUACAGCGCCUCUGCCUUCGGGUUUGCUUUUGACGCCAUCCUGGAUGUGCUGUCCUCGGCCAUUGUCCUCUGGCGUUACAGCAACGCAGCCGCCGUGCACUCUGCUCACAGGGAAUAUAUAGCCUGUGUUAUCUUGGGGGUGAUCUUUCUCCUGUCAUCUGUAUGCAUAGUGGUCAAGGCCGUCCAUGACCUUUCAACAAGGCUGCUCCCUGAAGUGGACGAUUUCCUGUUCAGUGUCUCCAUUCUAAGUGGGAUCCUUUGCAGUGUCCUGGCUGUGUUGAAGUUUAUGCUCGGGAAGGUUCUGACAAGCAGAGCUCUCAUCACAGACGGGUUCAACUCCCUUGUUGGAGGAGUGAUGGGAUUCUCCAUCCUUCUGAGCGCAGAGGUGUUCAAACACAACGCGGCAGUCUGGUACCUGGACGGCAGCAUCGGGGUCCUGAUUGGUCUCACCAUCUUUGCCUAUGGGGUCAAGCUCCUCAUCGACAUGGUGCCCAGAGUGAGACAGACACGUCAUUAUGAAAUGUUUGAGUGAAGGCGGCUGGAGGGGCAGAAGGGACUGCCCGAGGUGAAGAGCGCCAUGUGACAAGAGGUUUCCAUGCAGGCAGAUGGUGCCAAUAUUUAACUGCACAUCCAGUUUCAUUUGGGGACGUUUUUGUUCACAGAGUCUGUCUUCAUGGGACAAGGUCAGCCUGGAGGCUGGACCUGCCCUACAUCCUCACCCUGUCACCCUGUCGUCACCCACCAUCAAACACACUAGGACGAUGUCGCCCAUGGGAGGGGCCGCCACACUUCCCAAUCUUGAGCCGGAAGUA